GGUCAAUGUAGCCUUUAAGUGUUUCUGUUACCCUUCAAAGGGGGUUGUUUUUAUUAUGUUAUAAACAAUUUCGGAACUAUGGAAGGAAAUAUAGGUUUUGAAAGUUUGUGUAGGAUAUGUACUAACAAAUCUGAAGGCAUCUCAAUAUUUAGUAAAGAAGGAAAAGAAAUAGAUUUAGAAGAAAAGAUCAAAAAAUUUCUCUAUAUAACAGUAUCGGAAGAAGAUGUCCUUCCCAAAACAGUUUGUACAAUGUGUACUAGUAAACUGGACAGUAUUCAUGAAUUUGCUAGAAUGGCAUCCCUCACUCAAAUUAAGCUGGUGGAAAUGAUGGGUUCUGGUGAGUCACCUCCUUCCCCUCCUGAGGAUGAAGGUACAGACGAUUCAGUAAAAGGCAGUCUAUUACAUUCAAUCCUUACAAAGGAGAAAAAUGAACCUGAUGUGACUGAACUUGAAGUUACUGUGGACCCAAUGUUAUUUUUAGCUGACCAAGAAGAUGAAGAAUUUGAGAAAAACUCUCCAGAACCUGACAGCUCAUCACGGUCUGAAUCCAAUUCUGAAGAAGACAAUGCAAGUACUCAAUUAAUUGAAGGAAAGCCUUAUCAGUGCACAGUUUGUCCGAGAGGAUUUAACUCAGACCUUAGCCUUAAGAAUCAUCUCUGGGGUCAUUUAUCAAUGAGGAAAAUCCUUGCUUCAUCAGAUCUCAAUCUAAACAGCACCCAGUGCUUGUGUACAGUUUGUGGGAGAGUAUACCCUACCAGGAGUACUUUGCGGGCUCAUCAAAUCACACACUCCAACCUCAGACCACAUAAAUGCUCCCUCUGUGAAAAGACUUUCAAAAGGAAUCAAGACCUUAAAUUUCAUAUAAAUCAACAUACCGGAGAAAGGCCUUACAGAUGCCCGUAUUGCCCAAAAGCAUUUGCUUCCUCUGGAAACUGCUUUUCCCACCGCAAGAGGAUGCAUCCAAAACAACUUGCCAGGGAUAAAAAAGCUGCAGCUCGCCAGUUUCAUCUCUAGUCUUCUUAUCCAUGAUGUCGUUAGUCUUAUGGAGACUACUAGGACAUCAAUAUUUUAUAGGUUAGUAUUUUAGAUUUCUGUUCUAAUUUUUAUAUCUUUUAAUUUUGUGAAUGUUAAUAGUGAGAUAUACUGGGAAUGAUAAAAAUAUCAAUGUUCAUGUGGUUGUUAAUUAUUAAAUAUUUACAUUUUAAUAUUGGAAAUAUAAAAUAAUUUAUAUUAAAUGUCAAGUAGAGACAAGCAUUAAGCAUAAUUGAAAAUUUCUGUGCUUUUAUUAUGUUUUUAUUUUCAACAUGACUCUAUAGAAUCAUGUUUUUUCUUAGAAAAUAAAAUAUUCUGUUGUGUUAUUCUGUAUCAAGACUUGAUAUAAAAGAUAUUUGUCUAAUCUUGUGACUCCUUUACAAUAAGAAAAGUCAUUCACAUGUUGUUCAAAUCAGUAAGUUAAUAAGGUUGUUUACUGAUAUAUAAACAUUGAAAGAGAAUAUUUAACCAUGAACCAUAACUCAUUUAACACAUAUUCGUCGGCAUAAAGAAAAUUUGCGAACAAUCACGUAUAGCCAAAUGACGAAAAUUUGUCAUUUUUAUAUUGUAAAAAAUCAUUGAUUCUUGUUCUUUUAAUUCUAAAUUGAGCUACUCAACCACUAUUACUAGUGUCCUUGAAUGCAGGAAAUUGUAAUAUUACUCAAUAAAGAAAUGUUUUAAUUCUAAAAAAAUUAAAUAAAGAUAUGCUAGCAUUUUGGGAAUUGCAGUGCAAGAAAUUACUGGACGAAUAUGUGUUUAGAUAGAUGUAAUUAUUUAAAUCAUUUUUCUCAUUUUUUUUUUAUAAACUGACCUGUAAAAUAAUUACACCAAUUAGUUGCUAUAUUCUGUUUCCAUUGAUCGAGGUUUGUACUGAUGAAGCCAUUGUCUUGUUUUUAAAAUAAAUUGCAAUCUAUGAAACUAAAUACAAAAAUCUCUAAAAUGACAUAAUAACCUUUCAUCUGUGAUGAUGGGUUGACCAGUGAAAAUUAUAUGAGACCAAGUUUCCUUGAAAUGAUAGCUAAGGAUAUAUAAGUUGUUCACCCUUGUAGUGUGAUAUGCAAACCAAUUUAACACUUAUUGGGGUUGCUAGAUCAGACAAGUACAAUACCACAUUUUUUUGCCCAGCUUAAGCAUUAUUCAUGUAUCUCAUUAUACUUACAAAUUCAAUACUUCUAAAUGCUGAUAAAUUUUGUUUCAAGAAUCUUUAAUGUAAGAAGAAACUUACAUGAGUUUUGAGUCAAGUAUGAACACCUUUAGCUCGUUCAUGGUUUGAUGGCAUCCCAAGAGUAACUCAUGCAGCACUAUUUUCUAAC